GGAGGGAGGGAGAGAGGGAGACGGGAGCAGGAAGGGAUGUGAGGCAAGGUUGCCUGAGGAUUUUUACAACCUCGAGCUGCCUAGGCAGGCAGGCAGCAAAAAGAGCAGGCGUGUGACAGGAGCCAGGCAACUGUCUCUAAAGCCAUGGGAGGGAGACGGCCGGGAAUAGUUGCAGUGGCAUUCCCCAACCAUUGUGCCUGCAGUGAGCCACCAAGCAUGUCUGGGACACUCUACUUUUGUCUCUUCUGCCUCAGCCUCCACCUCCUAGGGAGUUCAGCCUUCAAUCUGGAUGUCACCGAAACCAUCCUCAAGUAUGGAGAAAACGGCAGCUUCUUUGGCUUCUCAGUGGCAUUGCACCAGCAGCUCAGACCACAGCCUGUCAGCUGGUUGUUGGUGGGAGCGCCACAGGCGGCUGCUUUGCCGGGUCAAAAGGCCAGCAGGACUGGCGGCUUGUAUGCCUGUCCCUUGACCCAUGAGAUUAAUGACUGCCAACGAGUGCCCAUUGAUGAAGGAGUUGACCUGAAGAAGGAGAGCAAGGAGAACCAAUGGCUGGGAGUCACCGUCAAGAGCCAGGGCCCCGGCGGCAAGAUUGUGACCUGUGCCCACUUGUACGAAGCACGUAACCGGGUAAACGAAUCUCUGGAGACGAGGGACGUAAUCGGCCGCUGCUACAUGCUCAGCGAAGGGCUGCAAGUCUCUGACGAACUGGAUGGCGGCGAGUGGAAAUUCUGCGAAGGGCGGCCACAGGGACACGACCGCUUUGGCUUCUGCCAGCAAGGGGUGGCGACCGGCUUCACUGCAGAUAGGCAUUAUAUCCUCUUUGGGGCGCCUGGUACCUACAACUGGAAGGGGACCAUACGGGCAGAGCUGAGUGGCUUGAAUUUGAGUUACUACGACGACGGGCCGUAUGAAGCCGGGGGAGAGAAGGACCAGGACCCCUCGCUCAUCCCCUUGCCUGCCAACAGCUACCUUGGGAUAUUGUUUGUGACAAACAUUGAUAGCUCAGACCCUGACCAGCUGGUCUAUAAAACGCCAGAGCCCAGCGAACGGGUUCCCGGGAGUGUUGGAGAUGUGGCCCACAAUAGUUUCUUAGGGUUUUCCCUUGACUCUGGAGUGGGGAUUACCAGGAAGAAUGAGCUGAGUUUUGUAACAGGGGCUCCUCGAGCCAACCACACGGGGGCUGUGGUGAUCCUGCACAAAGACAACGUCAACCGCCUGGUGCCUGAGGUUAUCAUCCCAGGAGAGAAGCUCACUUCAUCCUUUGGCUAUUCCUUGGCUGUGGUGGACCUCAAUCAUGAUGGCUGGAUGGACUUGGUGGUUGGAGCACCGAACCUCUUUGACCGCAAGGAAGGGAUCGGAGGAGCAGUCUACGUUUACAUCAACCAGGCAGGGCACUGGGACAAUGUCCUCCCCAUCCGCCUCAAUGGUUCCUAUGACUCUAUGUUUGGUAUCACAGUGGGGGCUGUUGGAGACCUCAACCAAGACGGCUUCCAAGACUUUGCAGUGGGAGCCCCAUUGGAUGGCGAUGGCAAGGUCUACAUCUAUCAUGGCAGUAAUUCAGGGUUUGUCACCAAACCUGCUCAGAUUCUGACUGGGGAGAGUGUUGGCGUCAAGAUGUUUGGAUAUUCCUUUUCUGGAGGGUUGGAUAUUGAUGGCAACCUCUACCCAGAUCUCCUAGUGGGGUCUCUUUCCAACACAGUAGUCCUAUACAGAUCCCGACCUGUCAUCCGCAUCUCCAGAAAUGUCACCAUCUCCCCCCAGAAUGUUGACCUGGAGGCCAUGAACUGUCGCCACCAUGUGGGCAUCUGCAUGGAUGUGAGAGCCUGCUUCAGCUACACUGCCAACCCCCCAAGCUACAGUCCAUCCAUCAUGCUUGAGUACACUUUUGACGCUGAUACCGACCACCGGAAAUCAGGCCAGGCUUCCCGAGUCACCUUCCACAACCGGAAGCCCACAGACGCCGAGCACCAGUUCUCCGGGGUAGUGGAGCUGCCCCAGCAACAUGUCCGUUCUUGUACCAAGGCCACACUGCAGCUGAAGGACCAAGUCCGGGACAAGCUGCAUCCCAUUGUGGUGAUGAUGAACUACAACAUCAAGCAUGCCCGCAGCAAGCGCCAGGCCCAGGGCGCCACGCUGGGCCCACUAAUGCCGGUGCUGAAUGUUGUGCCACCCAGCACUCAGAGGACAGAGGUGAAUUUCCUCAAGCAGGGAUGUGGGGAGGACAAGAUCUGUCAGAGCAACCUGCAGCUGAACUACCGGUUCUGUUCUCGUGUUGAUGAUGCUGUAUUCCAUCCCUUGCCCAGAGGCGACGAUGGCUUGGAUGUUUUUUCCAUGAGUGACCAAAAAGUCAUAGCCCUUGAGAUCCAUGUCACCAACUUUCCUUCGGAUGCAGCUGAGCCGCAGCGGGAUGGAGACGAUGCCCACGAAGCCAUGCUGCUUGUCUCUCUGCCACCUACCUUGUCCUAUUCUGCUUUGCGCCUCUACGAUGCCAUGGAGAAGGCCCCAACUUGUAUGUCUAACCAGAGUGCCUCUUAUAUGGAAUGUGAGCUUGGGAACCCCAUGAAACGUGGAACACAGGUCCGGUUCUACCUUGUUCUGGAAACCUCAGGCAUUACCUUGGAGACCACCGAGCUGGAAGUAGGGCUAGAACUUAGCACGAUCUCGGAGCAGCCUGGGUUGACCCCAGUGCAAGCACGUGCCCACGUGAUCAUGGAACUUCCUCUCUCUGUUUCUGGAGUGGCCGAACCAAAUAAGCUCUUCUUCAGCGGGGUGGUGCGGGGCGAAAGUGCCAUGAAGAGGGAAAGCGAGGUGGGCAGUCCUGUGCUCCUCCAGGUGACGGUCUCAAACCAAGGCCAGUCCCUGAAUACGCUGGGCUCAGCCUUCCUCAACGUCAUGUGGCCCCAUGAAAUUGCAAAUGGAAAGUGGCUCCUCUACCCACUGAAGCUGGAGCUAUCAACCCAGCCUCAGCAUCGCGCGAUCUGCAGCCCAAAACCCAACUCUCUCAAUCUGGCUCUGGAGCCUCUUCACCAGGGUAGGAAGAAGCGAGAGGCGGAGCCGCCUGAGGUGCCUGCCAACCGGCCACUGACUUAUUGGGGAAAGCAAAAAAAUGUCACGUUGGACUGUGCUGUGGGCACUGCUCAUUGCCAGCUUUUCCAGUGUCCUCUCUACAGCUUUGACCGUUCAGCUGUGCUCAGCAUCUGGGGCCGUCUCUGGAACAGCACCUUCCUAGAGGAGUACUAUGACACCACAUCGGUGGAAGUGAUUGUUCGAGCCAGCAUCACUGUGAAAUCUACCAUCCGCAACCUGGUUCUGAAGGAUGCCACGGCGCAGAUCCCAGUGAUGGUCUACUUGGAUCCCAGCGUAGCCGUGGCACGAGGCGUGCCUUGGUGGAUCAUCCUCAUUGCGGUACUGGCUGGGAUCCUAGUGCUGGGGCUGCUCGUCUCCAUCUUAUGGAAGCUUGGCUUCUUCAAACGUGCCCGCUACCAUGAAGACAAGGUGCCGCAGUAUCACGCAGUCAAGAUUCCUCACCAGGAGCGCCAGCUUUUCCGGGAGGAGAAGACGGGCACCAUUACCAAGAAGGACUGGGUCACUAACUGGAAUGCGGAGGGUGAUGGUCACGUUCCUGUCUCGGCCUAGAUACAUCCCUGCCCUGGCCUCCCUGUGGCAUGCUUCUGAUUGGCAGAGAGAGCUGCUACUAGAUAAACCUUUGUGUUGGCACCAGCCUGGCUGAUAGUAGGGUUCCUUGCCUGCUCUCCUCUCUGGAAGAUCUGCGGACACUGGACUGCCCCUUUCUUGUGGGGAUUCAGCAGAGAUUCAGGGGGACACGUGCUUAACCAUGGAGGUUACGGUGACAGAUUCUGCAAGGCCAAAGGUUGCUAAGGAUAUUUUUUUCUGGUAUUCUGCUUUUCCUUGCGAAGCUGGGCAGCAGCCGAUGCAGAAAACUGAACCAGCAGUAGGAGGAACCCUCUAUUUCUAGUUUCCUAAAGUGUUAUCUGCUGGGAACAGAACUUUGUAUUUUGCUGCUGAGAGUUGGAAUAGCAUCUAUCACUGUCUACCCCGCUGCAAAUGGGGCAUACAUUUGCUACAAGACCUGAUUCUUUGGGAAAGAGAAGAACCUGGAUUCCUUGGGUGUGUUAGAAGGCUUCAAAGCCAAAAACACACACACACCCAACCACCCCUGGUGAAGAAGACGAGAGAUUCCCCCUUCCUGAGCAAGAUCACUUUCUUCAUGCUAGCUUUUUGUAAUUUAUUUUGUCUAACUAAUAUUGGAGAGCCUUGAUGCCUGAAGUUGAGAACUAGGUUGGGUGGGUUUGAGACAACAUGCUUUAGUGUAGAAGUGAAUAACCUGCAGCCUUCCAUAUGAUGUUAGACUCAAGCUCCCAUCAAUCCCAACCAGUGCUGCCAAAAUGGUGUGGGAUGAUGGGAAAUUGUAGUCCAGCAACAUCUAGAGAACCACGUGUUCUCUGUCGCUGGUGUAAUAACAGAAGUUCUUCAAUAACGUUGGUGGCUCUCUGGUAUGGUUUGCAGCUUUCUCCAAAAACAAGGAAGGCUAUUGUCAUUCUGGAAGGAUAUCAAUGCCAGUCUUAAUCAUAUGCUAAUAACCACAGCCUGGGUAGGGGGCAAAGUGGCAAGGGCAGGGCCUGCAGGAAAAACGUUUUAAAAAAUUGUGCCACACAAUGAAUGCAGGAGGAUACCUCCCAGCCCCUUCGCUCUCUUCCUCGGUCACCAUAUGGCAGUGGCAACUUUAGUUGGGUUGUCACACAUGCGCGCUUACACACACACAAACCUCCUUCCUUGGUGGCCUAGACAACUCCCCUACCUCUUUGCUGACAGUUCCUUCUUUGUAACAUUGGUAGGCAGUGACCUGCCUCGCUAGGGUAGUGUGAGGAUGACGAGCAGGAUAAGCAGAAUACUUCACAGCCCUUAUUGAAAACGCCACUGAAAUUUUGGAUGAUAAAAAUGGCAGCCAGGGUCAAGCCCCCUACCCUUCUCUACCACACCCUCCAACAUUUCUCCGAUGAAAUAGGGACAUCCCAUUCCAUAAUGAUGAUUUUACCAUUUAUAGCCCACCCACAUUUCUUACUGGGUUGCCCCAGGCACUCGGGGCAGCUUCCAACAUACAUAAAAACAUAAUGAAACUUUUUUUAAAAAAAACAAAACCCUUCCCUAUACAGGAUUGCCUUCUGAUAGCUUGGGGGUUGGAUAACCCUCCAACAUUUCUCCAAUGAAAAUAGGGACAUCCUAAGGAAAAGUGGGACCUUCCGGGAUCAAAUCAGAAACUGGGAUUGUUUCUAAAUCAGGGAUGUCCCUGGAAAAUAGGGACACUUGGAGGGUCUGAUCUGUUGAACCACACUGUUGACGUAGAUGUUUAAUGCAGGAAGAAAAUGGAUUUCUUUAAAUCAUAAAGUAUCAGAAGUUGGUGGGUAUAGGAGACACUGGCUUCCCAGUAGCCUUACUAAAAGGGUUCACUGCUCUAGAACCCCUUCUGACCACUCUUCAGGAAGAACAGGUGCCUAUAACCCUUUUUUUACUUAGCUCCUACAUUCAACUCCAUGCUUUCCAACAAGCUGUGCCUUUUCCAAGGUCUGGGGGGGGGGGAAUGUUAAUACUAAUCUGAAUUUUGCGGGAAGGACUGUCCCUUCCAAUCUCUCGUCAGACGCAAAUGGUGACAAUUUGCAGAUGGCCAUUGCUUUCAGAUCUACCUUUUUGUGAUUGCUGAUUGUAAAAUAACAAAACUACUGUUCCCAGGAUUCUCCGCGACUGUUAAAGUGGUAUAAAGAGUGCUUUAAAUGUAGGGCGUGUGGAUGUGACCAGAAUCACCAGUGGGCAGAAUAAGGUGUGAAAAAAGCAGGGCAAGAGCUUUCCACCUCUUUACUGAAACUCAUAAAAGCAAGACCUUGCAGCAAACCCAUUCAACCCACUGUUAAAUGGCUUUUGGAAGGGAGGCCAGAGUUAGUGGAGUAGAAAUGACAAAGGACUAUGGCAUCUGAAAAGACUACAGAUCCACCGAAGCAUAAGGUCUCCAGUCCACACUCCAGUUUAUGCCACGCAAUAAAUCUGGUAAUCUUUA